AGCAGGGAACGAUUCUCGUCCUUGAGCAGUUUUUAUUUCUUUCCGGGCUAUCGACGAUCGACUGUUGGAGUGAAAGAGUAUUGGAAAGGGAGGAGAAAAAUGGCGGGUUUACUUGCUUGGGCUGCAGACGUUGUCGGAGGUGGCGGGCAAAGCAACGAUGAAGAUGAGAGUAACCGAUUCCCCGUCGUUAAGUUCACUCCUGAGCAGCAGAUAUACGCCCGAGAUUUAGAGGUGAAAGCUGCCUCACUCAGCCGUUCGAUCCAAGAUCUGCGUCUGAGACUCCCUCCUCCUGACAUCUCUCAACGCCUUCCACACCUCCACGCCCAUUCUCUGGCUUCAAAUGCUGCUCUAGCCCUGCAAUUGAAUGCCCACUCCGCCACCCGGGAAGAGGCACAAUUGAGGGAAGCUGCACUGCAAGAAGAAAAUGCUGCUUAUGAAAAGGCUAUAACAAAUUGUGAAAAGAGAAUACAGGAAAAGUUGCAGGAAGCAGAUAUGCUUCAGAGUAAGCUACAGGAAAUUGACAUGACCGAGAAGCGUUUAAGAGCUGAGUUGGAAACAAUGCAAAUGGAGCUCAACCAAUCUAGUGAAUCUUCAGUUCAUCCCAAUACUAAGCAAGAAGAUCGAAAUGAUGCAGAAGCUUUAAAGGCUGCUACAUUGGAGAAGUUAGACAACAAAAAGAAAGAGCUGAAUUCCAUGGAAGAGAAAAUUAAAGGACUGGAGGAAAAAUGGACUCAGGUUCAGCAUGAUUCACUGAGGAAACUCUCCCCAGCACAAAGGGAGAAAAUUUUGGACAAACAGCUUCACAGUUCGAUUGAACAACUAGCAGCUAAGCAAGCACAGGCAGAAGGCUUGGUCAGUGAAAUCCAUCUCAAGAAACUAGAGUUCGAGAAAUUAAAUGGGUUGUGGAAGCGGCUUGAGAGUGGGAACACAGAGCUGAAUACUGCAAGAAACCGGUUUGUCGGAAGCAGCUUGGGGAGGGGAUCUUCCGAUUACAUUAUUGACUCUCCGUCUAGGCCUUCACAUGUAGGAGGUCGAACAGAAAGCCAGCAGAGGCUCAUGCUACUCAGGUCCGCUUUUGUACUCUACAUUUUGUUCCUUCAUGUGCUAGUUUUCAUCAAGAUAUCAUUCUAAGCACACCUUGGAGACAACAUUUUCCUUGUUCUCCUCUUGUUAAUAUGAAAAAUCUCAUGUAUAAUACAAACUAUUUUGCUGGUUUCAUGCCAUUAUU